CCGUUCCACGAGCACCGUCUGGCCGCGGCUGCCGGCUGGGAGAACUUUCACAGUUCUGUCAGAGCUGAGCUUUUCCAGCAACUUUGUUUUCGUACAGCGGAGACUAGAUUGAGUGAAGUGCAGGUUUUUCUUACUUGACUGUUUUCUACAGAAGUUGAAAUGGGACGCAGGAAAUCGAAGAGAAAGCCUCCUGUCAAGAAGAAGGUGCUUGGCACUCUAGAAACACAAUUCACGUGUCCAUUCUGUAACCAUGAAAAGUCAUGUGAUGUUAAGAUGGACCGCGCGCGGAAUACAGGAAUCAUAUCCUGCACUGUGUGUUUAGAAGAAUUCCAAACUCCAAUAACAUAUCUGUCGGAGCCGGUGGAUGUUUACAGUGAUUGGAUUGAUGCCUGUGAAGCAGCAAACCAGUAACCUAUGCUCAAGUCCCUUAGAUUUUACUUCAAGGUGUUUUUGAGAUAUUGCUUUUUUGCUGACUGUAUAUAAUUUGAGUUCAUGUGGAAUCUGCUGUAAUCCUUUGGACUGUUCCCAGCUGUGUUAUUAAAAAGUUAGAAUUCUUCUA